UGAAAGCCAAGGAGAGUGUGGCUCAUGUGUCAACAUCCAGGCUUUCCCCGGAGAGGCGGAACGUUAUUUAACUAAACCCCCGGUGUUCUUUAGAGUUCUUAUUUGGCGCAAAUAUCGCUCUUAUCGACCGUCCAGUCCGUUGUCCGCGCAGAGCAGGAGACGCGCUUCUCCGCUCGCCGCUCUCAUAUCAGCUAACGAGAUUGCAAACGAUGACCGAGUACAAAGUGCGAACUCCAGCCGUUUAAAAGCCGUCUGAGGACCUGUUAGCCUAGCUAGCCAGCCUAGACCUCGGAAACUCGACGAAGACUCCGCUGACAUGAUGUUUCCUCCAUCGAGACACUCGGCAUCUGCUCAGUCCAGCCAACCUCUGAAGUUCACCACCUCCGACUCCUGUGACCGCAUCAAGGAUGAGUUCCAGUUCCUCCAAGCACAGUACCACAGUUUGAAGUUGGAGUGUGACAAACUGGCUUCAGAGAAGUCUGAGAUGCAGCGUCACUACAUCAUGUACUAUGAGAUGUCUUACGGACUCAACAUUGAAAUGCACAAACAGGCUGAAAUAGUGAAGAGACUGAACGGGAUCUGCGCUCAGGUGCUGCCAUACCUGUCCCAAGAGCACCAGCAGCAGGUGAUGGGAGCCAUAGAAAGAGCCAAACAAGUCACACCCCCUGAGAUGAACUCCAUCAUUCGGCAACAGCUGCAGGUCCAGCACCUGUCCCAGCUGCAGGGUCUGGCUCUGCCAGUGGCCCCGCUUCCUCUGGGCCUGACCCCCCCCACCAUGCCGGCCGUGUCCUCGAGCUCAGGCCUGCUUUCCCUCUCCUCCAUCUUGGCCAACUACUCCCACGGCCAAGCCCAGGCCGCCAAGGAGGACAAGGCCCGGGAAGCCGCAGAGAGGGCGCCGCGAGGGGAGGACGGAGACAAGUCCGACUAGUCGGUUCAGAAGGGGAGGGAGGCUCGAUCGAGGAACGGAUGUUUCAGGAGGUCCAGCUGGUCUCCUGCAGGGAUGAUGGUGCCGGGAAUCCUGGGCGAGUGAGGGCGAAUGCUGGGAUGAUUUUUGGGGUGUCAGCUCAGGCUUCUAAAUUAAACAAGCAUUUUUGUGAUGUGAGCUGCCACCACUGUCGCUGGGCCCCCCCAAACUCUGAUCCCUUCUCUGUAAAUUCCUCCGUCACUGUUUAAAGCUUCCUAUGAAACGAAAAGCGCCAGCUAAAAUAGGAUGUUUUGAAAGGGACGCUUCACCUGGCUGGCAUGUCGUACCCCUUGAACACAAACCUUGUUUCUAAACCGCCUUGUACCUCAAUCCCCGAACCAGUCAGGUUUCCCACCUCACCAGUUGUCGUACACCCGGAUAAGGGGUUCAGUCGGCCAUCUUAAAUGGACAAAAAAAAAAGAAAAAAAAAAAAAGGAAAAAAUGAAAAAGCUCUGAUUGAAAACUGAUGUUUUUGUGAAGAUGCGGUCUAAAAAGACUUUGCAAAUGUGACUUUGUUCUUGAGUGAAUGUGAUCGGAAAGAUAAAAAACUUUAAUUUAACUCUUCAUUUUCAAGCACCUUUGGUAUCCCCCUGCACUCCCUGCCCCCUUUCACCUCCUACUGACCUGCUACUCUUCAACUGAGCCUGCGAGUUUGUUAAUGUUUUUGGACCUGAAUCUUCCCGCUCGACACGACACCAGACUCGGCACAUGUUCACUGUCGUCGUGCAAGAAACCUUCGAGGUCGCGUUGAAUCCUUUCCAGAUCAACUUACUACCCUUUUUGUUGCUCAGCAACUGAGACUAGUUUCUUAAAGCAUUCAACUGUAUUUUCCCAAUUACUGAAUACACCAGUAUUCAGUAAUUGUCAGUUUACUUGUGACUUUAAGUGAAAUGAUGAUCGUUUAUUCAACACUUCUACCCUGUUUUCAUGCCCCCAACUUGAAUUCGACUUGACUUUAUCGGUGCAGUGACCAACCUGGCCAGUAGAGAGCAGCAGCGUUCCCUUCUCUUCUUGCAUUUCGUCCUGCGAGACCUGACAAAUCUGUCACAAACCUCCCUAAACUCAAAAAGCACUUAGGACGAGUCAGUGCUCUUCUUUCCAUCUCCCCAUCUGUGUGCGGUUGUCAGCGGACUGAACACUUCCCUUCCUGGAGAUGACUUGGGCACAGAGACGUUCACACCUGCUCUGCUCUCUGUGCUCAAGUCACAGCAACCGUGUAGCUGUUGCUGCGGAGGGCCAGUUUGUAUACAUAUGAAUAUAUCAAUAUACAUAUUUUUUAAAGCAUUUUUGUAUGUUUCAAAGCUGCUUUUUAACAUGUGUGUGUAACCAUGAAAGACUUGAUGUUGUGUGCAUUACAGCCUCCAGUUAGAGGCCAGAUGUUGUAUACCUUGUUUUUCCUGUUCCUUUCUCUCUCUCUCUCUCUCCCAUUCAGUAGGCAGUUACAUUGUUUUCUAGGUUUCUCAGUGUUCCUUCAUUUCUGUGCAGAAAGCACCCUUUCGAUGUGUAAAAAGCAACACGGUCCUUUAAGAGAACAGCCCUGAUGUAAACAAGCCAGUGUGUAUUUCAAUGAGAACGAAUCCACCUUUUAGCAGUAAGGAAGCUUCUCUGGUGCCUUACAAAUAAAAGACGUGAUUGAAGAGCCUCCGUUUGUGCUGGUCUGGUUUCACAACUCGCACGCUGAUGGCAAAGUUCAGGUGGUGAUUUAUGGCGGUUGAAUCACACUGCAGUGUGAGAGUGUCUGAGGGUGGAGUCACUUGAUGAGCUCUUAUCACCUGGGCGUGUUCAACGCGACACACCGACGACACACUUUCCUGUCCUUUCCACGAAGAGGUGUUUCUCAUGAGGACAGAUGUUGUGCUCCGGAAGGCUUUGCUUGACACAGACUCUGCCUUGAUCCGUGACAUUGUGUUGUUGGCAGUGAACCUCCGCUGCUGAAGAUUCCAAACAAAAUGCCAAUUCAUCAUCUUUGUUUUUGGGAAAGCAGCGGCUUAAAUCUUGUGGGUCACGAUGCCAACCAUCACGAUGCAAGGUGAUGGUCUGUCCGCUGUGCUUUCAGUUAGCACUGAUUUCAUUUUGAACUCCUAAAGGUUCUUGUGGACCACUGAAAGUGACCUGGAGGGCCAGAUGUGGCCCCCCUGCCUCGAGUUUGACCCUGAUUCCAACACUUUGCAGCACCACAGAAGGCCACACUACAUGUAAAAACCAUUUCGUCUUCUGUUGAUGUAGUACCAUAAACCCACGCUAGGUGGCGCUUUAAACAGCAAGGCCUUUAAAUACCACUAGGUUGUCAAGGCUGGUGUGACGGUGAGCUACAAUGACUGAAUCGCUUUUCAAGGCAGACCACUAUAAAUGCACAUCAAUGGCUCAGAUGAGACUCAGUUCGGCUCUUCUCUUUCCACUUUGGUCCCUAGCCUGUGGUGCUUUGCCUUGGUUCCCUAUCCCCUGACCUAUUCACACUCACUCUCAAUUCACUU